AUGCCACUUGACGAGAAUCGAACUGAUACCGAUCCCCAACAUGUUCCUAUGACUGAAGGGGAUAUUACCGGCCAUAAUAUUGAAACGACAAGUGAAGUAGCUUCGGUUUUUGGUAUUAACGAUGAGAGGGAUUCUGCUAACGCUAGUACUAAGGUAUACGGCCCGAGAGACCCCUCGGAACCGUGUGUUGCUUGUGGCUGGACACUAGCUGAAGACCAAUGUACUAGUUACAAGAGCAGCGUUAAAUUGUUCUAUGCUGCAAGCAGUCGCGGUGCCUGGGCAUUAGGAUCUAAAUUCAUCCUCAAAGAACGAGGUACGUUUCCGCCAAGUCAUGAGGCGGCAAACAUUCGUUUUUUGAAGGAGAGAACCAGUAUUCCGAUCCCUAAUAUGAUUCAAGAUUGGUACGAAGGCGACAAGUACUUUACCAUUACCUCGAGAAUCGAAGGCGAGACUUUGGAACAUGCGUGGCCUAAUCUCUCUGGAGAAGAUAGGGUGCGCAUAGCCAAGCAAGUCGCUGGAGGUUUAGAGGAAAUGCGUCAAUUGAAGUCCGAUCGCAUUGAAGCAGUUAACGGUGAGUUACACUAUGACACGGCAUUGUUUCCAAAGGGAGGAUCCGGUCAACCACCCCUGGCUUCAGACGAGGAGCUAUGGGCGGUACUCUCGGAACCGCUCGCGCACGUUGAAGACGGCGCUCUUCAAGUGUUGCGCGAAAACAUGCCACAAUGUACCCCAUACACCUUUACGCAUGGAGAUCUCAAUUACUGUAACAUCAUAGUCAAAGACGGCAACUUUGCAGGAUUUAUCGACUUCGAACGAUCGGGAUUCUUUCCAAUAUGGCACGAAUAUGUUCUGUGUAGGUACGGACUAGGAAAAGAAGAUACGGAAUGGAAAGAGCUUCUUUCAGAACAUAUUACGCAGUACCCGAAGGCUAUGAACUUCUACCUGGCCUGUUUAGAACACGAAAGAAAUCCUAAAGGUACAAAGGCCCAAAAGCUUCUGGACGAUCUUGUAGUUGGUGUCGCGGAGUGCCCGAUGAUUCAAGUAUGGUAG